UCAAAAAAGGGAGAAUUAAUCAUUGCCAAUAAUUAAAACGCGUUUGAUGUCAUUACACAUAAUAAUUUAAACUUUUUAAUACUGCAAUUUAUAUAUUGAAAAGAUCGUGUAUGCAUAUAUUUCUCUGCAAAUUUGUUCCGUACAGUCUUCAUGAUACGCGAUAUUCUCUCUCACAACUGGUACUAAAAAUUCGCGACAAACAAUUACUCACCGGACACGCAACCCUUUUAAAGCAAUUGCAGUAUUGUCAAACUUUUUCAAAGUUUGACAUGAACACUAUUUCACAUUCAACUCGGGUACAAUGAACUGCCCAUUCGUGACAGCGCAUUGAUGCCUUCAUAAAAUAAUUACUGAAGAAUAAGCGUAUAGCAGAAACAGAGAAUUAAAAAAGCAUGAACAAUUGCAAUUUGCAUUCGAUGAUUUUUUCUUCUCAUUUAAAUAUAUAUUUUUUUGUCAUAAAUUAUUAUAGAACUUAGUACCGUGUCUUACGAGGAAGAGACAUGUUGGCAAAACUAAAUAUUUAGUGACUAAAUACGUUAUAUAACUAAGUUAAAAGAAAUUAUGUAUUUAAAGUACAGAGUCACAAUUAAAAAAAUUAAUUUUCUUCUCAAGAAAGCUAUCGAUAAAUCUGCAUUUUGCAAUUUAAUAAGUGAUGACUAGAUAUAAUAUAUAUAAUAAUUAAUUUGAGACCCAUUGCUAAAUACAAAAUUUGUAAGUAAAUCUGUCUCUUUCACGCAUGCACUAUAGCACAAUCAACUAUUUAAUUUCGAAACAAGUUUCAUUUGUAUAUCGAUUAGAGAAGUUUCACCCUUUUCCUCUGGAAAGCAAUGUAAGCACAGAUAUCAUGUUGUUCAAUUUCCCCUCACUCUAAACGAAUAACUCAGACGAGCAGGAUGAAACUAAUAGAGAACAAAAAAUAGAGCUUCCACAAACGGAUAAGUCCUUAUAUCCGUUUGAAUAAAAAUACAGAAACAGAUGAGGUUUGCAGCAAAGUUACUUCAUUGUAGCAACAAAAAGAUAGAUGAAUUGCGUGACGACGCGACUCGGCAAUCUAUUACUUGCCGUCGUCUAUCCUUCAAUGAAAUUACUACCAUUUCAAUUUGCUAUCACUGUAAAUAUCGAUUGUCUAAGAGACAUGUGUAAAUGAAAAUGCAGUCGGUUACACCGCGCACGCGUUAUUCUGUGAUCCGUGUGUGUUUCGAGUAAUCAUCUGCGCGACCGCUCAAUCGUGUCUGUGCGCCUGAGAAGCGAACAUGAAGAAGCUCUCGAAGCAGCAGAACUUGCCAGUCACAUUUAACUAUAUAGAUUGCAAGGAGUACAGUAUACAGCCGAUUCGUUGGUUGCUGAAGCCGAUAAGUGUCUGGCCGGUGACGGACUCGUCGAUUGUGGAAAGAAUCUUGUCAGUGAUACUGUUGAUAGUAUGCAUUUUUCUGAUCAUGAGCACCUUGGUGCCUUGCGGGUUAGCCAUAUUUCUGGACGAGACCAAGGACGUAGAUAUGAAGAUGCGCGAUUUUGGACCGCUCAGCAACUGGGUGCUGGCAAGUCUCAAGUAUAUCUCGUUGCUGGCGCGUGUCGACGACAUACGUGGAUGUCUCAAGCACAUCGAAAUGGAUUGGCGGGCCGUAACGAAAGUAGAGGAGCAAGAAGUGAUGCUGAGGAAUGCCCGGAUCGGCCGUUUCAUCGCGAUAUUCUCCGCGACGUUCAUACACUGCGGUGUAUUCUCAUACGGCAUUUUCCGAGGAAUGGCACUAAGCGCCGAGUCCGCCGUUCAGGGCAAUAACGUGUCGAUGCGUCCGUUGCCUUUCGCGUUCUAUGAUAAGAUUCUGGACACCACGACGAGUCCAAUAUACGAAAUAGUGUUCGUAAUACAGUGUCUAUCCACGUUCGUCGUGAAUUCCGUUGUAGUAGGCACUUGCAGCCUCACCGCUGUUUUCGUGAUGCAUGCCUGCGCUCAGUUAAAAAUCUUGAUAUCCUUGUUGGAUAAUUUAAUCAAUGAAAGGAACGAAAAGAGAAACUCUUCGCAGCAAAAGUUUGCCGUCAUCAUUGAGCAUCAUUUAAAAGUUCUCAGUUUCGUGUCGCAUAUAGAGAAAAUUACGAAUGUAGUUUGUCUCGUGGAAAUAGUAGGGUGCACGUUGCACAUGUGUCUCUUGGGCUAUUAUUGCAUACUGGAUUGGAAUCAAGACGAAAAAGAAGGUAUAGUGGCAUACGGUAUAAUAUUGGUCGCGGUUAUUUUCAACAUCUUUAUCUUUUGUUAUAUUGGAGAGAUCCUUUCAGAACAGUGUGGCCAAGUUGGUGAGGCUGCUUACAUGACAAACUGGUACUUGUUACCUGGAAACACUGCUCUUGGUCUCGUUUUGAUCAUUUUAAAAUCCAGCAUCGUAGUCAAAAUCACUGCUGGAAAAAUGAUCGAGCUUUCUCUUUCUACUUUUGGUAAUGUAAUUAAAUCCGCGUUAGCAUAUUUAAAUAUACUACGUACUCUUAUGAUCAUCCAGAUAAUACGUUGGAUUCUCAAGGCGAUUAGUGCAUGGCCGCGUUCCGCCAAUGCCUCAAUCGUCGACAAAAUCUGGUCCGAUUUCGCGAUAUUCAUGUGCUACUUCCUAAUAAUCGCCAUUAUGAUACCGAACGGUUUGAGUAUGUUAAUGGAUUCGCAGAUGUCCUAUGAGACCAAGCUGCAAAACUUCGGCCCGCUCACCUUCUGGUUUAUAGCGAUGGUAAAUUAUUCCUGCCUCCUGAUGCACGUUGACGACAUACACGACUGUGUGGAGCACGUGAAAACGGACUGGCGAAUCAUCAGGAGUUUCGAGGAUCGAAGAGUGAUGCUGAAAACUGCCAGGCUAGGCCGAUUCAUCGCCGGUUUCUGUGCCGUGUUCAUGCACUGUGGCGUGUUCUCAUACAAUAUCGUCCAAGGCCUCUCCAAGAGCGUUUUACAAGUGGAUAACAGCAGUAUAAUGGUUCGAAAUUUACCUUAUCCAUUCUACAACAAGAUCCUGAACGCGCAUUUUAGUCCGGCAUACGAAUGCGUGUUCUUUGUGCAAUUCCUCUCGUCCUUCGUCGUCAACUGCGUUACGGUCGCCACAUGUAGCGUGGCAGCGGUUUUCGUGAUGCACGCAUGCGGUCAAAUGAAAAUCAUGAUAUCUUGGCUCGAAAAUCUUAUAGACAAUAAAAAUGAGGAAAGGACUUCCGUGAAGCAAAGGUUUGCAAUCAUUGUAAAUCAUCAUUUGAGAAUCUUGAGACUCAGUUGUGAACAUCGUCGCGAUCUAGUCAUUAUCAUGCUCGGUUAUUCAAAGUCGAAGUCCAUUGAGCCUGCGACGAGCGGCUGGAACUACAGCAUUCAGCUGAAUCGCUGGUUCAUGAAGCCGAUCGGCGCAUGGCCGUUAACUCUCUGUGAGACUACGCUAGAGAAGAUCAGUUGCGUGAUUCUGACGAUGAUCAGUUGUUUCCUGAUAUGUUUCCUGCUUAUUCCAUGUACUCUCUGUACUAUCCUAGUGGACACCGAUCUCGACACCAAGAUCAGGAUGAUCGGUCCACUCAGUUUCAUUCUGAUGGCCGCGGUGAAGCAGUACAUUCUCAUUAACCGUAGCGAGAGCAUCAGCGAGUGCUUUCAGCACGUUCGCGCGGACUGGAGCCAUGUCGCGUUGAGUCACGAGAAAGAUCGUGAAAUAAUGGUGAACAAUGCCAAGUUCGGCAGGUGGCUCUCCUCCGUCAGCGCGAUAUUCAUGUACUCCGCUGGUAUAUUUUUCACCACAGUGAUGCCGAUAUGCGCGAGAAGGACGGAGAUCAUUGACAACGAGACGGUCAGAUCGCUCUCCUUCCCGAUCUACCGUGGCCUCUUCGAUCCGCGCACCACGCCGUCCUUCGAAAUCGCGCAAUUCAUGCAAGCUCUAGCUGGUUAUGUUAUUUAUACAAUUACCAUCGGCGUGUGUAGUCUGGCAGCGAUAUUGGUCAUGCACGCUUGCGGUCAAUUCCGAAUACUCAUGCUGAAGAUGGAGGAUCUUGCAGACGGUAAAGAAAGAAAGAGUGCCAACAGCACGCAUGAAGGAAGACUCGGCGAUAUUGUGAAACAUCACAUCAGAAUACUCAGUUUUAUCACUCGUACCGAGAAGCUUUUAAACGAGAUUUGCCUUGUGGAUGUAGUCGGGUGUACACUCAAUAUAUGUUUUCUAGGAUUUAAUAUGAUGACGGAAUGGGAAAAUCGUGAAACACUAGGAACGAUGACAUUCUGUUCGUUGCUCAUAUCCUUCACAUUCAAUAUAUUUAUCCUUUGCUAUAUUGGUGAACUUCUUGCUGAACAGUGUAUACAAAUCGGCAUGAAGUCCUAUAUGAUAGACUGGUAUCGUAUACCAAAUAAGGGUGCGCUAGGUUUGACAUUAGUAAUGGCUAUGUCUAAUGCCACGAUUAAACUCACAGCUGGAAAAUUUAUGGAUUUAUCUUUGGCCAGCUUUUGCAGCGUGAGUAAAGAUAUCGUUUUAGAAUUUUGUUUUCGUUUAUUCAUAUAUAAAAAUUAUUUUCAAUUAUUCAAAAAUGGAUGCAAUGAAAAAAAUUUCAGAUCGUGAAAGCGGCCGUAGCUUACCUGAAUUUACUUCGUACGUUUUACGUUUAAUAUGGUUAUAUUAUCGUCAUUAUGAAAUGUAUUAUAGUAACGUUAGCGUAAAAAAUAUAUUUCAUAAAAAUUA